AAUUACAGGUUAAACAACAUAAUGGCGCUACCGAACAUUAAAGAUGGUGCGUCGGAAAUGAAAAUUACUUCGCGGAAAGCUGUUGUCCAGAAGUUUGGAAGCGACCUAUCAAAUUCUCAUAUAGGUGCCACUUCAUCUAUGAAAGGCCGAGGGGAUGUAAGGAAACAAACGAAAUUGGGUAUUGAAGUAACUAAAGACGAGAACUAUUGCGAAUGGUAUGUCCAGGUUAUAACGAAAGCAGAAAUGAUAGAAUAUUACGACAUUUCUGGCUGUUAUGUGUUGCGACCGUGGUCGUAUGCUAUUUGGGAAUUUAUUCAGGAAUGGUUCGACGAAGAAAUUAAGAAACUAGGAGUUAAAAAUUGUUACUUUCCAUUAUUCGUUUCACAAAGCGCUUUGGAGAGAGAGAAAACGCACAUCAGCGAUUUUGCUCCCGAGGUUGCUUGGGUAACGCGGGCAGGUCAAUCGGAUCUAGCUGAGGCGAUUGCAAUUCGCCCUACUAGCGAAACAGUGAUGUAUCCCAGCUAUGCAAAAUGGGUGCAGUCUCACCGAGACCUUCCAAUUAAGCUCAAUCAGUGGUGCAAUGUUGUCCGCUGGGAAUUCAAACAUCCGACACCGUUCUUGAGAACUCGUGAAUUCUUAUGGCAGGAAGGUCAUACUGCGUUUCAAACUAAAACUGAGGCAGAAGAUGAGGUAUUCAAAAUACUUGAUUUAUACGCUCAAAUAUACACUGAUUUACUGGCUAUACCAGUUAUCAAAGGACGGAAAACUGAGAAAGAGAAGUUCGCUGGCGGAGAAUUUACAACUACUGUUGAAGCCUAUGUGCCUAUCAAUGGACGUGGGAUACAGGGUGCUACAUCGCAUCAUUUAGGACAGAAUUUCUCAAAAAUGUUUAACAUAUCGUUUGAAGACCCAAACGGCAGUGGUAAAGUCCAUGUAUGGCAGAACAGUUGGGGUUUAUCAACAAGAACAAUUGGUGCUCUUGUAAUGAUACACGGUGAUAAUUAUGGUCUUGUGCUUCCACCCAAAGUAGCUGCUAUACAGAUGAUUAUUGUCCCCGUAGGAAUCACUGCCCAAACAAAGGAUGAACAAAAAGUGGCUCUGAUUGAAAAAGCAAAAGAAAUCAAUGAUGUAUUGGUGAAUGCAAGUAUACGGGCGGAGCUUGAUGUAAGGGAUAAUAUAUCAUCUGGAUGGAAGUUUAAUCACUGGGAAUUGAAAGGCAUUCCUGUCAGAAUCGAAAUUGGUCCUAAAGAUUUGGCUAAUAGUCAGGUAACUUGCGUUAUCAGAUAUUCUGGCGAAAAAAGAAUCAUUCCUAUGGAUGGUCUUGCUACAAAAUGCAAAAAUAUGCUGGACGAAAUUCACUGUUCCAUGUAUAAUAGAAUACUAGAAACUCGCGAAUCGCAUACAAAGAUUGUUUUGGAAUGGAAUGAUUUCCGAGAUUUCCUAGAUCAAAAGUUUAUUCUCCUGUCACCCUUCUGUGGUCGUGUUGAAUGCGAAGAUGAAAUCAAAAAGGAAAGUAUGAGAGAAGAGGAAAAUGACCCUCGUGUUCCUGCAAUGGGGGCAAAAACUCUCUGCAUUCCAUUUGAGCAGCCUAACAUUUCACUCCCCACUGGUUGUAUCAAUAAGAACUGUUCAGAAAAACCGCAGUUCUUCGCGUUGUUUGGUCGAAGUUAUUAAGCAAGAUUAUUAUUUCAUGUGGAACUGUAUAUUUCAUAUUGUGGAUUACAAGUGUUACUGCUCAUCUUUUGUGGAUUGAUCUGAUGUACUGUUACAUUUGUUGGCAUGGUUACUGAUCUAAAGUUGAAUUAUCUUGUCUGUUAUUAUUGACAUACUAACUGAUGUUAUGCAAUUGACUUAUGUGUUAUACUGUUUGUUGGCAUCUUGUAUAAUUCCUUGGUAUCGGUUUUCACUUGGUGGGAGUGGGUUUACUUCUACUGUACUGUGUAUUAUACUGGUAUGAAGAAGUGGUAAAGCAACAUCUAAUUAAUUUAGUUUGGCAAC